AUGGGCCUCACUGUCCUACUGCGGAGGUGUAGAUGGGCCUCACUGUCUUACUGCGGAGGUGGAGAUGGGCCUCACUGUCCUACUGCGGAGGUGGAGAUGGACCUCACUGUCCUACUGCAGAGGUGGAGAUGGGCCUCACUGUCCUACUGCAGAGGUGGAGAAGGGCCUCACUGUCCUACUGCAGAGGUGGAGAAGGACCUCACUGUCCUACUGCGGAGGUGGAGAUGGGCCUCACUGUCCUACUGCGGAGGUGGAGAUGGACCUCACUGUCCUACUGCAGAGGUGGAGAUGGACCUCACUGUCCUACUGCAGAGGUGGAGAUGGGCCUCACUGUCCUACUGCGGAGGUGGAGAUGGACCUCACUGUCCUACUGCAGAGGUGGAGAUGGGCCUCACUGUCCUACUGCAGAGGUGGAGAUGGGCCUCACUGUCCUACUGCAGAGGUGGAGAUGGACCUCACUGUCCUACUGCAGAGGUGGAGAUGGGCCUCACUGUCCUACUGCAGAGGUGGAGAUGGGCCUCACUGUCCUACUGCAGAGGUGGAGAUGGGCCUCACUGUCCUACUGCGGAGGUGGAGAUGGGCCUCACUGUCCUACUGCAGAGGUGGAGAUGUGCCUCACUGUCCUACUGCGGAGGUGGAGAUGGACCUUACUGUCCUACUGCAGAGGUGGAGAUGGACCUCACUGUCCUACUGCAGAGGUGGAGAUGGGCCUCACUGUCCUACUGCAGAGGUGGAGAUGGACCUCACUGUCCUACUGCAGAGGUGGAGAUGGGCCUCACUGUCCUACUGCAGAGGUGGAGAUGGGCCUCACUGUCCUACUGCAGAGGUGGAGAUGGGCCUCACUGUCCUACUGCGGAGGUGGAGAUGGACCUCACUGUCCUACUGCAGAGGUGGAGAUGGGCCUCACUGUCCUACUGCAGAGGUGGAGAUGGGCCUCACUGUCCUACUGCGGAGGUGGAGAUGGGCCUCACUGUCCUACUGCGGAGGUGGAGAUGGGCCUCACUGUCCUACUGCAGAGGUGGAGAUGGGCCUCACUGUCCUACUGUAGAGGUGGAGAUGGGCCUCACUGUCCUACUGUAG